GCGCGGAGGAGGCAGGCGGAGACUCGCGGCCUCUGUGUGCCCCGGACGUCCCGCCCCCCGAGCCCGGCGCCCGCUGCGAGCGUCGGGCCCUAGUGACGUCACGGUGGGCGUGCCGGGCGCGAGCCACGCCGUUGGCGGCUCCUACGUCAGUUUCAGCCGCCCUCGGCGUUCAAGUAAUUUCCGGACGUUGGCGCGGGAGCCGCGGUCGUCUCGGAUUCGUGCGUGCGCGCGCCCGUCGCCUCAGGCCGGCGCCGGACCCCGAAGCCCAGGCCCGAGAGCCAGCGUCAUCUGGGCCUCCUCGCUCGCCGGGAGCGCCCUGCUCCGUUAACUGGACAACAUGAGCGGCCACAACUUGGAUCAGAAGGAGUUUGACGAACAGUUGCGAAUGCAGGACUUGUACGGGGACUCCAAGGAGGACGACCCCACGAAAGGUCCCGCCGGAGAAAGCGAUGCCUUCGGGCAGCAGCCGGCCGACACCCCUUACGAAUGGGACCUGGACAAGAAAGCCUGGUUCCCCAAGAUUACUGAUGAUUUCAUUGCUACAUAUCAGGCCAAUUAUGGCUUUUCUAAUGAUGGUGCCUCAAGUUCUGCUGCAAACAUGCAAGAUGUGAGUGCUAGGACAGUAGAGGAACCUCCGCAAAGGAAAACACCUGAACCUAGUGACCCCAAAAAAAAGGGAGAGAAGAGAAAGGCUGAAUCAGGAUGGUUUCAUGUUGAAGAAGACAGAAAUACAAAUGUGUAUGUGUCUGGUUUGCCUCCAGACAUUACAGUAGAUGAAUUUAUACAGCUCAUGUCCAAGUUUGGCAUUAUUAUGCGAGAUCCUCAAACAGAAGAAUUUAAGGUCAAGCUUUACAAAGAUAACCAAGGAAAUCUUAAAGGAGAUGGACUCUGUUGUUAUUUGAAGAGGGAAUCUGUGGAACUCGCUUUGAAACUGUUGGAUGAAGAUGAAAUUCGUGGCUACCGGUUACAUGUGGAAGUGGCUAAGUUUCAACUGAAGGGGACAUAUGAUGCCUCAAAGAAGAAGAAGAAAUGCAAAGACUAUAAGAAGAAACUGUCUCUGCAGCAAAAGCAGUUGGAUUGGAGACCUGAGAGAAGAACUGGGCCAUCCCGUAUGCGCCACGAGCGAGUUGUCAUCAUCAAAAAUAUGUUUCAUCCUACGGAUUUUGAGGAUGACCCGUUGGUACUGAAUGAGAUCAGAGAAGACCUUCGUGUAGAGUGUUCUAAGUUUGGUCAAAUUCGGAAGCUCCUGCUCUUCGAUAGACACCCCGAUGGUGUGGCCUCUGUGUCCUUUCGAGAACCAGAGGAAGCUGAUUACUGUAUUCAGACCCUUAAUGGAAGGUGGUUUGGUGGCCGUCAGAUCACUGCCGAAGCAUGGGAUGGAACUACAGAUUACCAGGUGGAAGAGACCUCCAGAGAACGGGAGGAAAGGCUGAAAGGAUGGGAGGCUUUCCUUAAUUCUUCUGAGGCCAACAAAGGUCUUCAGCGUACAAAUUCCAUCAGUGUUCCAGAGAACGCCGGUCCUUCCAGAGCACGGCACAUUUCCGAGUGCUCUACCAUGUCUAAAGUGAAUGUUCCAGAAGGUACACCAGAAAUGGCAUUUGAGGAACCCAUUGAUGAAAAGAAGUUCGAGACAGCAGAAGAUGGGGGCAAAUUAGAAGAAGGUACCUCCGGGAAAGAUGCUAAGGAAGGUGGCCCCCAAAGCAAAGCUGACGAUAGCUGCCUCAAGAGGAAGCGAGAAGGCUACCUGGAAGGAGAAUCUGGAGAAGGCAGUGCCAAAAAUGUGUUCGACGAGGAUAACACUAAAAAAGAGGCUAAGAAAAAUGGCCCUGAAAGAGAACCCAAGAAGAGACUUAAGCAUGAUCAUGUAGAGAAAAAUCUUCAACAGAGAUCCAAAGAAGGUGGCCCCAACAAGGAGUCUGGAGAAGACUCGGGAAAGGGCUUUGGAAAGCAGUUCCCAGAUGGCACUGACAAACAAUCUGAAGAGAAUAGUGUCAGAAAAGAGUUUGAUGAGGAUGAGUUCGACCGCGAGUUUCAGGAAACCGUUCUCCAGAAAGGGGGAGGAGAAAGACCUGAAUUAGGUGAUGUCAACUCUAGAAAAGCCUUAAACAAAGAAGGCUCUGCGAGGGAGUCUGACGACGAGUCAGAAGAAAAGGAAGAGGAGGAACAGGAAGAGAUCUACAAGAAAUUGUUGGAUGAAAAGGAAGACAAAGAAAAUACAGAUGAGCAGGAGGAAGAAGAUGCAAGUGAGAAGCUGUUGGAAGAAUCAGACAAAAAGGAAGAGAACGCACCAGAAGAAAAAGAUGGGUUGUUCAGAGAUGACAAGUCGUUGGAUGACCAGAAUUCCAUUGUUAAGUUGUUGGAAGAUUCUGGCGAAUGGGGGACCAUGUGUCGGGGUAGUAAGAAGAGCGUUCAGGAAGAGGGACCCCUCUCCUCAGGCAGCAGCUUUGUCCUCAGUUUCAAUGAAGAAGAUGACAACGAUGCCACUGAAGGCCACAAUAUGUAACCCUUUAAAUGUGCUGUUCUCUCCACUUUGCCCACGUGUCAGGGUAAUCACCAGUAGUGUCACACGAACAUGUGCAUAGUGGUAGGAUGCCAUGAGAUUAGUGUGUUGAUGUUUUCUUCAUUACCUGUACUUAAUGAUUUUAAACAUAACGUUCCGUGGCUGUUGAGUUCAACUUCAUAGUUAUAACAAUGCAGAUAAACUGGAUACUUGUUCUUUGUCAGAGUUGCUAAGUGCAUGCAGAGUAAUAUUUUUAAAGCUUUGAUUGACAUCUGUGAUAGUCAGAAAUUAAAACAAGUUGUGAAUAUGCAGAAACCAAACAUUGGCCUUGAGUUAAAUUGCAUUUUAAAUUGCUCUUGUUGCUCUAUUCAUACUAAUGUUUGUUAUUUCUAAGCACUUAAAAAAAUCCCCCAGGAGUCUCUUUGCUUCCAGAUUAUUAUAACUCUCACGUCCCUUUCUAAAUCACAACAUCUUAGUAAAAUUAAAUACGGGACAGAAAGACAGUUCAGGAGGUAAGGCAUUUUCCCUGCUCACUUCUGACCCUGUUUAAAUCCCUGGCACCACCUAUGGUCCUCUAAGCACAGAGCCAGAAGCCCUGAGCAUUGCCAGACGUGGCCCCAAAACGAAAAAUAAUUUUUAAUUAAGAAAUAAAUAUCACUUCAGAAUCUUUCUUUGUAGGAUCCUUGCAGGGAUUUUUUUCUACCUCUUUUUCAUGGAAAAAAAUGAUUCUCGAGGGGCCAGAGCAAUAGUAGAGAAGACUGGGUGCUUGCCGUGCACACAGCUGAUCCAGAUUCGAUCCCUGACAUCCCAGAUGGUUUCCUGAGCACCACCAGGAGUGAUUCCUUAGUGAAGAGCCAGGAGUAACCCCAGAGCAUCCCCCAGCUGCUCCCUCCAAAAUAUAUAUAUAUUUAUAUAUAUGUACAAAAGAAAAAAAAACUAAAAAUUUUUAAAACAAGGAAAUUGACCCUUUAUGUGCAGAAGUGAACUUCCAGACAUCCACAGCCUCCAUUAAAAUACGGAGGUGAUUCAGAUCAUACUGUGAAUUUGGGGAUUUCUUAAGUAAAAGCACCAUGCCCCAGAAAAAUGUUUGCAUAUAGUACUCAACUUUGCGUAUACACAACUUGUGAACACCCUGGAGUUUCAGAAUUCCUUUUUUCACGCAGACUUAAAAGUUUUCAGUUUGGGGGCCAGAGAGAUAAAAAGUAAAGCAGGUAGGGUGCUUACCUUACAUGCAACCAACCCGCAUUCAGUACCCACUAAGCACCAUCAAGGAGUGACCCCUGAGUACUGCUGGCUGGGUGUGGCCCAAAAAUGUUUUCAAAUUUGUUUUUUCAGUUUCUGUUCUAGAAAUAUGUCUAGUACUGUGUUUGGUUCUGUAGUUCCAGUAAAAUCUGGGGUCUGUAUUGGUUUUUCUUUCUAAAUUCAGUGUUGAUGUAUUAACGAGUUGAACUUUGUGUAAUGAAGUUAUUCUCAUAAUGUAAAAGUGAUAAAAUAAACCAUUGAUUGUUUUUCAUUA